AUACUAAAAGCGCCGCCGUCACUUGAGCUUCAAAUUGAAGCAGCAAGCGCCGUAUUCGGUAAAACAGAGGACAGAGCCAAACAAAUUUGUAAGAGAACUAUGGAACUCUCCAUCUCUUCCCUUUUCAUAACUCUCCUCGUAAUAUGCGCCAUUACGGUACUGGUAAAGUCCUGUAUCCCAAACCCAUACGGGCAAAAAUUCAAUCCGCCGCCGAGCCCGCCGGGGCUUCCACUCCUGGGCCACCUCCACCUAAUCCGGCAGCCAAUUCACCGCUCCCUGCAAUCCAUCUCCGUCAAAUACGGCAAAAUCCUCUCCCUCCGCUUCGGCUCCCGUCGCGUCCUCCUGCUCUCCACCCAUUCCGCCGUCCAACAAUGCUACACCGACCACGACCUAGCCUUCGCCAGCCGCCCGACCCUGCUCGCCGGCAAGUACUUCAACUACGACUUCACCACCGUGAUCGUCGCCCCCUACGGCGACCUCUGGCGCAACCUCAGGCGGAUCCUCAACAACGAGCUCUUCUCCUCCGCGAGACUGUCCAAAUUCGCCGCCGUCAGGGAAGCCGAAAUUCGCGCCUCGGUGGAGCGAAUCGCGAGGUGUGGUAAUAAAGGGGGAAAGGUAAUGGUCGAGCUGAAAUCGCGAAUUCACGAGGCGACUUUCAACGUCAUGACGAUGGUCACGGUGGGGAAGCGGUACUACGGCGGCGGCGUUGGGAAUUGUGAGGCGGAGAAGUUCCGGGAAGCGAUGAGGGAUGUGAUCGACGUGUCCGGUUGGUCGAAUACGGGCGAUUUUCUGCCGAUUCUUCAGCGGGUGGAUUUGUUCGGGACGGGGAGGCGGAUGGCUGGUCUGAUGAAGAAGAUGGACAAGUUUUUGCAGGAACUCGUCGACGAGAGUCGGGAGAAGCUAGGGGAAGGGAAGGAGACGGCGGCGAUCAUUGACGAUUUGUUGAGUUUGCAGCGGGAGGAGCCGGAGUUUAUGACAGACAAGAUAAUCAAGGGGAUUAUUCUGGUAAUUCUAACAGCGGGCACAAACACUACCGCAACAACAAUAGAGUGGGCAAUGGCCUUACUACUCAACCACCCCGAAGUGAUGACCAAACUACGAGCAGACAUCGAUGCUAAAGUCGGACAAGAAAGGCUCGUCAACGAGCAAGAUCUAUCAAAUCUCGACUACCUGAAUCAUGUGAUCGACGAAACCCUUCGUAUCUAUCCACCCGCGCCACUUCUAGGCCCGCGCGAAGCAUCCGAGAAUUGUAGCGUGGGUGGGUACGACAUCAGCAAAGGAACGAUUCUGAUAGCGAACGUGUGGGCAAUACACAGGGAUCCGGAAGUGUGGGAGAACCCGACGAAGUUUGUUCCGGAGAGAUUUGAAGAAGGUUUGAGGAAUGUUUGGGAAGAAGAAGGGUGUAAAUUUGUUCCGUUCGGUGGAGGGAGGCGAGGAUGUCCAGGCGCGACGGUGGCGAGUCGGGUGAUUGGGUUGGUUUUAGGAUGUUUGGUUCAAGGUUUUGAGUGGGAGAGGAUUGGUGAAGAAGCUGUUGAUAUGACUGAGGCGAUAGGUCUUACUAUGCCUAGAGUUAAGCCACUGGAAGUAAUG